AUGGGUUCCAUGGCUUUGGACCCGCAGCUGUCCUCCGAGGGCUCCAUGUCUCCUCCACAGACGAUAGAAAUGCCUGCACAGACGGCUAAACGAACAGCUACAGACGCGGGCCUCAAGCCCAAUGGUGUUCGUCCGGCCAAAAGUGUCAAGAGGAGAGCAUCGAAAGCUUGCCAGUGCUGUCGCUCUCGCAAAGUGCGCUGCAAUGUGGUCGAACACGGUCCGCCUUGUACCAACUGUCGAUUGGACGAAGUGGAAUGUAUCGUGUCGGAAAGCAAGCGUAAGAAGAAAUGGACGACCAACGGAAUCGAAAGCUCUGCACAGCAGGGCAAAGGCUCUUCUUUCAAGCCUACAUCGUUCCCAAUGUCCGCACAGCCUCCGUACGAGCCCUUGAUCAGACGUUCGUCCGAGCAUGUUCCCCAUACAGUUUAUCAAGAUAUUCCAAAAGACAUGACUUUGGGCGAUGGCAAUCAUCGACAAUCCAUGUAUGCGCCUGACAUGCUAAUGAACUAUCAACGAAUGGGCCACAAGCAAUCCUCAAUGUCGAUUUCCGACUCGGCGUCAAUCUUUCCAAAUAUGCUCUCCCCGAUAUCCCAUUCCCACGCUAUGCCACUCUACAUCAAACCGUUGCCCUCGAAGCUCGACCCCGAAGACAUCGCACAUUUGGAGAGGAAGGGAGCCCUGACAAUCCCAUCACCGCAAUUGCGAGACGAGCUGCUUAGAAACUAUGCGGAGUUUGUGCAUCCUUACAUGCCACUGCUCAAUAUGCAUGACCUAGUUGCCUCCAUUGAUCGGAAUGACGGGACGCAACCAGUCAGUCUUCUUCUCUUCCAGGCCAUCAUGUUCUCGGCAAUCGCGACGGUCGACGUUCGCUACCUCAAAUCUGCGGGAUACGCGUCUCGGAGAGACGCUCGCCGCGAUUUCUUCCAGAAGACUAGGCUCCUCUAUGACUUUGAUGUCGAAGUCGAUCGCAUUUCUCUGAUACAAUCCCUUUUGCUAAUGACUUACUGGUACGAGACCCCAGACGACCAAAAAGACAGUCAUCAUUGGAUGGGCAUCGCAGUCUCCCUCUCUCACACCAUCGGACUGCAUCGAAAUCCAGAAAAAUCGGCAGCCAUGGAUCCAGCCAGGAAGAAGCUGUGGAAACGAAUCUGGUGGUCAACUUACAUGCGUGAUCGACUUGUGGCUUUGGGAAUGCGUCGCCCCACACGCAUUAAGAAUACAGAUUUCGAUGUCCCAAUGCUCCAGGUCAGCGACUUUGAAUCCGCAGUCUUGCCUGAAGGGCCGUCUUGCAUUCCCGCGGAUUGUCGUGUGCUCCGCGAUCACGAAAUGCAAAGGAAGCUGGCAGUCAUGUGCAUUGAAAAGACGAAGCUCUGCAUUUGCAUGAGCCACGUGCUUUCCGUGCAGUAUUCGGUCCUGAACAGCAACCAUGGCGUGACGAGCGAGGAGGGCAGCACAAAGACAACGGCACAUUUGGUUGCCAGAGUGAUUGAUCCCGAAGUGAGCGAAGUCCAGACCUGCGACAAGGAGAUUCAGGAGUGGGAAGAGAAUCUCCCCGAGGAGGCCAGAUACGUCACGCCGACGUGGCGUGACAUGGACUCUGGUGGCGAGAGCAUAGUGCUCAACCGCUCUCUGCUCCAUAUGAUUUACUUUGCGACAUUGUCAGCUCUCCACAGGCCCCAGGUACUGCCUGCGGCCUCGAUCACGCCACGACAGACUCACACCGAGUUGCUCGAGCACUCUCGCAAGACGGUCAGGACAGCGGCCACGGAGAUUACCAGCAUUGCCUUUGCACUUUUCAAUCUCGAUAUGGUGAGGUUUCUCCCCACCACGGGAAUCACAGUGUUGCUGCCGGCCAUCAUCAUCCAUCUCCUCGACAUCAAAGCUCCCGAUGAGGCAACACGAAGAACCAGUCUGCAAGGCUUUUGUCAAUGUAUGCAAAUCAUGGGCAAGCUGCGCGAUAUCUACGCCGCAGCCGAUUACUCUACCGCCUUUUUGGAGGCAGCGAUCCGCAAAGCAGAGAUUACUCUCCCGCAAAAGUCGGAUGCAAUGAAGGAGCCUCGCAGCAUCAUCACUAGUGCUCAAGGUUUGGUAGACGCAGGACGUAGGAUGCAGCUUGUUGCGUCUGCGCCCGAGUCUGGCGCCUUGACUCCACCGCCAGAUGAUUCCAAAAUGCAGUCUGAGAACGAUCAGAUGAGCGACAAUGAUAUCGCACGCAAGUUGAGUGUUUACCUCGCCUCGACGCCGCCAGAUUCCGCAGGUUCGGAGCAGCACAGCAUGGGCGAGGCAAUGGAUCUUGGUCUGAGUGUGCAGCAGCCAGAGUUUGAGCCAGAUUUUGAUUCGUUGAUUGAUCUUGAUGCCGCCGGAGACGUGUGGUCGAUGGAAGGCGGCGACGCUUAUGCCGCCAUGUCUGGGGAGAGUGUCAUGGACAUGGACUGGCUGAAAGUGAUGAAGGCCGCGGAUGGCCUCUCGGCGGUCGCGUAG